AUGCAGUUUUCCAGGAUCUCAUCUUAUCUUUUGCUGUACGCAGCACUCUCCCCUUCGGCCCUCGCACGGCGCGGUGUGGCGGGGGAAGGCAGCUUCGGCGCGGGGAGAGACGGCCCUUUCGUCAUGACGGCCAAGCAAUUCGAUGAAGCCCUCAAGAGCCCUAACGCGACAGGGAAAUUCGACUUUCCAGGCGUUGACAUCUCGCAACGAUACACGGGCACCUUCAAAAACCUCUCGGGGUGGGCGUGGGACAUCGCGGUGGCGGCCGACGUGCAGAUGGGAGGCGAGUACUUCACCGGCACAAAGAUCUCCAUCACAGCGCCGGGUGGUGCGCCCCGGCUGAACGGCUCGCGCAACCUCACAGUCCACGAGACCUGGCAGGCCUGCGUCCUGCAUUGGGAUCUGUCCAAGGCGUACGACGACAAGCUGCGCUCGGACGACGAGAACUGCACGCAUACGUUGGGUUCGGACUGCGUGCGCGACAUUGAGUUUGAGGUUGAGAAGGCCUACCGUUCGGCCGAGGGGUGCCACUGCCCUGACUUUGGCAGUAUCAAGUCGUGCAAGGGCAAGGAUGUGGUCACCAAGAAUGAGUGUCUAGUCGAAAGUAAGCAUCCCGUGCCUCGUUCCCUUUCCACGGCUGCUAACACUCUCGGCUUAGCAUACAACAACACCGAAAUAGAGCAAUGGCCCGACGGGAAGCUCGACGUCGUCAGAUACGGAGGUCCGACGCAUGCCAAGGGAGACAUAGCAGCGUAUAACCAGAAUGGAAGCCUGGGGUGGCCUCUCUUGUUUGUGCUGGGGGUGAAAUCAAAACCGUGGUUUGAUGUCGUUGAUAGGAAGGCGAUCAAGCUCUCCUGCGUCCGGGCGCGGGAUGCGACAGAAGGGAGCGUGGCGCCAAAAGCACAAAGCGAUAAGAGCUCGGGUUAUCGGAACAGCUUGGGAACUCUGGUUAUGAUUGCUAUGCCGUUGUUUUGGGCUCUCUGGCUUUGA